UGCGGGCGGCGGGGUUAAGCGCAUCGCUGUCGCCCCUGCCUAGGCACAAGCCUGGAGCGCUGAACCCUCACCUAGGACCUACAGCGGCGGUCGCACGCCAUGGGCCUCCGCGUCUGCCCCGACCGCCCGACACUGCUCCCGGGUAGCCUGCUAUUCCUCUUGCUGCUGCUGAUGCUGCUUGCAGACCCGGCGCAACCGGUCCGACGUCCUCCCCCGGUGGUGCUGGUGCCUGGUGAUCUGGGCAACCAGCUGGAGGCAAAGCUGGACAAGCCAACGGUCGUGCAUUACGUCUGCUCCAAGAAGACCGCCAGCUACUUCACACUCUGGCUGAACUUCGAACUGCUGCUGCCUGUCGCCAUUGACUGCUGGAUCGACAACAUCAGGCUGGUUUACAACAAAACAUCCAGAACCACCCAGUUUCCUGAUGGCGUGGAUGUGCGCGUCCCUGGCUUUGGGAAGACCUUCUCGUUGGAGUUCCUGGACCCCAGCAAAAGGAGUGUGGGCUCCUAUUUCCACACCAUGGUGGAAAGCCUUGUAGAUUGGGGCUAUACCCGGGAUGAGGACGUCCGAGGGGCCCCCUAUGACUGGCGCCGAGCCCCAAAUGAAAAUGGGCCCUACUUCCUGGCCCUCCGCGAGAUGAUCGAGGAGAUGUACCAGCUCUAUGGGGGCCCCGUGGUGCUGGUUGCCCACAGCAUGGGCAACAUGUACACACUCUACUUUCUGCAGCGGCAGCCGCAGGCCUGGAAAGACAAGUACAUCCAUGCCUUUGUGGCCCUGGGCGCGCCCUGGGGGGGCGUGGCCAAGACCCUGCGUGUCUUGGCCUCAGGUGACAACAAUCGGAUCCCAGUCAUUGGGCCCCUGAAGAUCCGGGAGCAGCAGCGGACUGCCGUGUCCACCAGUUGGCUGUUGCCCUACAACUAUACCUGGUCACCUGAGAAGGUGUUCGUGCACACACCCACGGUCAACUACACACUCCUCGACUAUCGCAGGUUCUUCCAGGACAUUGGCUUUGAGGAUGGCUGGCUCAUGCGGCAGGACACAGAGGGGCUGGUUGAAGCCAUGGUGCCACCUGGUGUGCGUCUGCACUGCCUCUAUGGCACUGGUGUCCCUACACCAGACUCCUUCUACUAUGAGAGCUUCCCCGACCGUGACCCUAAAAUCUGCUUCGGGGAUGGCGAUGGCACCGUGAACUUGCAGAGUGCCCUGCAGUGCCGGGCCUGGCACAGCCGCCAGGAACAACAGGUGUCAUUGCAGGAGCUGCCAGGUAGUGAGCACAUUGAGAUGCUGGCCAACGCCACUACCCUGGCCUAUCUGAAACACGUGCUUCUUGGGCCCUGAUUCCUGUGCCAGGCAGGGCUACUGGAUGGCGUGGCCACAGGGCUUCUUUUGGCCUCUGGAUCUGUGGUGGCCCACCAAGUUUAGCAAAGUUUGUGACCAAUCAUUCAAGGCCCUGGGUCUUGGGCUGGAAAGUAUCUAGCACAGGGAAGUGCUAUUUCUUAUCCUCCUUCUGUGGCAGUGAAGAAGAAAGAAAUGAGAGUCUGGACUUAAGGGACCCUUGACAGAAAGACUACUGCUGAUGGUGGGAUUGUUGUGACCUCAGGACUGGCUCUGCAGGGUGGAUUGGCUGGCCUCUGGCCCUAAUCCCUGGCCUGGGCCAUGCAUUCCUCCUACUCCUAUGGCCUUUUCACACAAGCCCACUGGGCCCUGGCUCCUCAGCCUUCCUGUGAGGGAUGUUACUGGGCUGUGGUCCUGUCCCCAAGAGUCCCAGGGAUGGGCUUCUGGCCCCUUGGGUGACCCUUUCCAUAUGCCACAGGUAGGCCUGCCACUGGCCAUGGGUGGCUGGAGCUGCUGGCUUCCUUGUGGCUUCCUGGGGGCAGCCAAAUGUCCCCUGCAGGCAGAGGCAGUUUGUUGUGUUCUUUAUGGUUCCCAGUCCCUGGGACAUUCACUCUACUCCUAUCUCCCUCACCUCCAAGAACAGCCUAGCUCUGGACUGGGCAGCAGAUGGGCCCCAGUUCCAGAGGCCGUGUCCUGGAAGCCCUGAUCUUCUCAGUUGUACUGUUGGCCCCAGUAUUAAAGCUGGCUCUCUUCAACCUGGGACUGUGGUUCAAGGAUGAGGGCAGGGGCCAGUGCCAUGGCCUUCUAAGUACCCAUGAAGAAAGGGAACUCAAGGAAGCAGCCAAGGCUGUUCAUCAUCACCCCGAGCCAUUCUCUUGCUAACCCCACUACCACACUGCCACUCUGCCCCUGGGGUCUGUCUAGUGUCCAAGUGGCCUGGCACAGGGCUGAGAGGUGGUAGGGCUCCCACCCACACUGCCCAGCACCUGAUCCCACCAGGCAACUGAGUGGGCCCCUGAGGGAGCCAGGUGACUUGAGGCCCCCCUAGGGGUUUUCUGUCUCCCCUGGGGUACUGUCUGGAUCUUCCUGUGAUAGCAGGAAGAAUCUGGGCCUGCCUUGGUGGCAAUGAGCUUCAAGUGGAUGACUGCCUAUAGGCCAAGAUUUGGGUCCAGCCUCUGAGUUGGGGUCCCAAAGCCACAUUCAGGCUGAACUGAUUUGAUUUCCCACAAGGUUUCUGUGGAGCUGGAUUUUCUCUGUUUCGUUCAUGCCCGGCAUCUGUCUUCUCCCUUUGUUCCUGAAUGGUGGGCCCUGCAGGAGCUCUGAGCAGGCUGUACCUCGA